AUGUUUGGGAUGAUAAAGAAUUCCCUUUUCGGGAACACCGAGGAGACCGAGUAUAAACUGCUCAGCAGCGAGACCAAGGAUGGGGUGAGCUACGAGGUACGUCGGUAUGAUGCCGCCAAGUACGCCACUAUCCCCUCUGAAGGGCGAACCUUUGACCAGGUCUCGUGGGAGCUGGUGAGGAAGCUGCUCAUGUACAUUGGAGGAAGCAACGAACAUGGCGAGGCCAUGGGAAUAGCAGCCCCCAUCACCAUUACAGUAUACCCCCGAGACGACGGGGUGAUGUCUCGCCGUUUGGUGGUCGCCAUCCGGAUCCCCUCCCUCUACCAAAAAAGCCCCCCCGCUCCCACCGACAGUGCCAUCAGGAUCGAAGACCGGCCUGGCAUGACCGUCUAUGCACUGCAAUUUGGAGGGUAUGCAGGGGAGAGCGAGUACCGAGCAGAGGCCCUACGCCUGACGCGGACCCUGGGGGAAACUGCCCCUUUUCAGCGCAAACAGUAUUUCUGUUGCAGCUACGACUCACCAAUCAAACCUUACGGACGUCGCAAUGAAGUGUGGUUUCUACAGGAGGAGCCAUAG